UUCAAAUUUCAAUACAACAAAAGAAAAAAGAAGCAACUAAUUAAUAAGACAAAGAUGGCAAACCUAACUCUUUUUACCAGCCUCUUGAAAUUUGGCCAUGUUGCGAGGAACGCCACUUCAACAACUCCUAGGAUUUUUUUGGCUACUGCCCCAAGACGUAUUCAAGCAAGUUCAUCACAGCAAGACGCAGCUUCAGUAGCCAAUGAAGCUAGGAAUGCUGCUGAAAAUGUAACCCAGACGACCAAAGACAUGGCUGGCAAGGUGUCUGCAACAGCACAAGAUGUGUCUGAGAAAGCAAAGCAGACAGCGCAAGAUGCAUGGAGCCAAGCUAAGGGCACAGCCCAGAAGGCCGCAGACACGGUAGUGGGCAAGACCGAAGAAUCGAAAGAGUUCGUUAAAGAGAACGCAGAGCAGGUCAAGAAGAGCAUGAAUACCAAGAACAAGAACUGAUCCCAUCAUUUGCCCUGUCCCAUUCUUGUAUUUCAAUUUUGGUUGUAUUUCCCGUUUCAUAUUAUGCAUGCAUGAUGUAUCCACUGUUGGGAUAUCUUUCUUUUUUUUUGGGUCCAUUCAGAUAUUGUUCCAUACACUACAAGGAAGUGUUUAGUUUUCUUCAUCAUGCAUAUGUCAAGCGAAACUCAAUUUUCAAGUGUCAAUAAAUCCUUCCUAAUUA